AUGGCAACGAACGUCGAUGAUGAUGUUUAUGGAUCAUUCAUGUAUAUAGGCGACGGUGUUCAAUUACCAGCAGUUUUGAAGAAUGCAUUCGACGCGUUUGACCACGAAAAGAAAGGUGUUAUAAGUACAGACAUGAUUGGUACCAUUCUGGAGAUGUUAGGUCACGAGUUAGAUGAUGACACUCUCAAUGAAAUUAUUAACGAGGUUGACUCCGAUGGUUCCGGUGAAUUAGAGUUCAGUGAAUUUUGUUCUUUAGCAUCUAAAUUCUUAACAGAAGAAGAGGACGAUGAAGCUAUGGUACAAGAAUUAAAGGAAGCGUUUCGGUUAUAUGACAAAGAAGGCAAUGGAUACAUAACUACGGAUGUGCUGAAAGAGAUAUUUAAAGAAUUAGAUAACACAAUCACAGGCGAGGACUUGGAUACCAUGAUUGAGGAAAUUGACUCUGACGGCUCCGGAACUGUUGAUUUUGAUGAAUUCCUUGAGGUCAUGACUGGUGAAUAAAUAAAUAUAAAAUAGUUUUAGAAAAUAGUAUUAAAUUUAGAUAGGCAUUAUUUAACUUUAAAAUAGGUAAAUAAAUAAACGACCAAAAUAUAUUUUCGAGGGC